UCCCAGGGCCCGCCGCCCCCCAGCGCCCCCUGCGCUCGGCUCCCGCGUGCCUCCUGUCCCCACGGCGCUGCGCGUGGCCGCCACUGCCUCCACCCAGACCCUGAACCUCGGGCCAUGGAGGUGGCGCCGGAGCAGCCGCGCUGGAUGGCGCACCCCGCCGUGCUGAAUGCGCAGCACCCCGACUCGCACCACCCAGGCCUGGCGCACAACUACAUGGAGCCCGCACAGCUGCUGCCCCCUGACGAGGUGGACGUCUUCUUCAACCACCUCGACUCGCAGGGCAACCCCUACUACGCCAACCCAGCCCACGCACGGGCGCGCGUCUCCUACAGCCCCGCGCACGCCAGGCUCACCGGAGGCCAGAUGUGCCGUCCACACUUGUUGCACAGCCCGGGUUUGCCCUGGCUGGACGGGGGCAAAGCAGCCCUCUCUGCUGCCGCCGCGCACCACCACAACCCCUGGACCGUGAGCCCCUUCUCCAAGACACCGCUGCACCCCUCAGCUGCUGGAGGCCCUGGGGGCCCGCUCUCCGUGUACCCAGGGGCAGGGGGAGGGAGCGGGGGAGGCAGUGGGAGCUCCGUGGCCUCCCUCACCCCCACUGCUGCCCAUUCUGGCUCUCACCUCUUUGGCUUUCCGCCCACACCGCCCAAAGAAGUGUCUCCAGACCCCAGCACCACAGGGGCCGCCUCCCCGGCCUCCUCUUCUGCAGGGGGUAGCGCGGCCCGGGGGGAGGACAAGGACGGGGUCAAGUACCAGGUGUCGCUGACCGAGAGCAUGAAGAUGGAAGGUGGCAGUCCCCUGCGCCCGGGCCUGGCCGCCAUGGGCACGCAGCCCGCCACACACCACCCCAUUCCCACCUACCCCUCCUACGUGCCGGCUGCCGCCCACGACUACGGCAGCGGUCUCUUCCACCCAGGGGGCUUCCUGGGCGGCCCGGCCUCCAGCUUCACCCCUAAGCAGCGCAGCAAAGCACGCUCCUGCUCAGAAGGCCGGGAGUGCGUCAACUGCGGGGCCACGGCCACCCCUCUCUGGCGGCGCGAUGGCACUGGCCACUACCUGUGCAACGCCUGUGGGCUCUACCACAAGAUGAACGGGCAGAACCGGCCGCUCAUCAAACCCAAGCGGAGACUGUCCGCCGCCAGGAGAGCAGGCACCUGCUGUGCGAACUGUCAGACGACAACUACCACCUUAUGGCGCCGAAACGCCAACGGAGACCCUGUUUGCAACGCCUGUGGCCUCUACUACAAGCUGCACAAUGUUAACAGGCCACUGACUAUGAAGAAGGAGGGGAUCCAGACCCGGAACCGGAAGAUGUCCAACAAAUCCAAGAAGAGCAAGAAAGGGGCGGAGUGCUUCGAGGAGCUGUCCAAGUGCAUGCAGGAGAAGUCGUCCCCCUUCAGUGCGGCUGCCCUGGCUGGACACAUGGCACCUGUGGGCCACCUCCCGCCCUUCAGCCACUCAGGACACAUCCUGCCCACCCCGACGCCCAUCCACCCCUCCUCCAGCCUCUCUUUUGGCCACCCUCACCCAUCCAGCAUGGUGACCGCCAUGGGCUAGGGACAGCCUCCCGCUGGACGACAGGGCGAUGCUGAGGAGGGCGGCUGGCGGAUUGAGGCUGGACACUCCCAGGAUGGGUGGACCGACCCCUGGCUGCCCAGCCCUCCCUGCAGAUUGCUGCCGCUCCUGCCAGCCCAGCCAGAGCCUGGGCCCCUCUCCCUUGAGGGCCCCGUGUCGGCCUGGGGGCAGUUACUGUGAACGCUCUCAGCCGGGAUGAGAGAGGCCGCCCGUGUGCACGGCUGCCGCCCAGCCAGGGUUUCCUUGGUGGACAACUCUGUGGAGAGCAAUUUAAAAGGACAACUUGGGGACAGAAAAGGAGGGGGCGGGGAACAGAUGAAGGAAAUCCUAUUUUGAAGGAAAAAGGAGUAGGCAAAAAUAAUUUAUUUUGCUCUUGUUUCUAACAAGGACUUGGAGACUCGGAGAUUUGAGCUGUCCCAAGCUCUCCCACUUCUCCCCUGGGCCUGUCCACCUGCCAGGGCCGCGGCGUGGGGUGGCAUGGGGCAGAGGCAGAUCUGCGGGACCCCAGCCUGCACCCCCUUCUCCUCCUCUGGCUGCCAUCUCCCAAACACCACCGAGGGGCCGGUGGCCGGGCCCUGGAGGCAGAGACAAUCGCGGGCGGUCCGGUCCGGCGCAGAUUCCCAGGCCAGGGCUGGGUCACAGGAAGGAAACAACAUUUUCUUGAAAGGGGAAAUGUCUCCAGAUCGCUCCCUUGGCUCGGACAAGGCCGAAGCUGGUGUGACCCAUGUCCCCUCCGCGGGCCCAGGUCACGGCCCGCCUUCUGCCAGGCAGACCCCCUGUAAAUACCGCCUUUUUCUGCAAAUCCCUCCACCCUUCCCCUCUCACUCUGAGACGAAAGAAAAAAAAAAAAAACAUUAAAAAAAAAAAAAACUACAUAAGCUUAACUCGCUGAUGAGUUAGUCGUUUUAUUUUUUAAACUUUUUUUUUUUGGGUCCAAUUGUACGGUGCUGCAGAAGUUGCGCUCUGGAAGGGAAUCAGACUGCAAAUAGGUUGGCGCUUUCGCAGUUACGUUUGCAAAAAGUGCUUGGAUCCCAAGGCCCUAGCAGGGAAGCUGAGGGCUGGGGUCAGGGUGGGCGCCUGUUGGCUGGCUGGCGUUGUGUAAAGCCAGAAGUUGGGGUCACCUCCCGGCUGGGGUCCUGGGGGGUCUGCUUCACUGUGGCUCUCUGGAUCCUUCCCAAGGUACAGCUGUACAUAGACGAGUCCCGAGCUCCGGCUGUGUCCGCGGUGGUGGCGGGGUGCGGCGGCCCGGGACGAGGGCUGUGCAAUAGGGCAGGCUGCCGCUGCGGGAGCACCGUGGCCAGAGUAACUUAUUUUGUACUCGUAUCGCAGAAGCAGAGGAAUCGGCAGUAUUUUCUGUUUUUAUGUUUUAUUUGACCGGUUUUAUUUUGGAUUAGUGAACUAAGUUAUUGUUAAUUAUGUACAACAUUUAUAUAUUGUCUGUAAAGAUUGUAUGCUAUCCUCCUAUUCCUCUAAAGUGAAUACUGUUAAGAAUAAUAAAAUACUUUUUGUGAACGCCCCGGC